GCUGGCCACUGUCGGGAGUGGGCGUGUGCCAGCCCGGAAGCAUGAGGACACUGGAAGACUCCUCGGGCACAGUCCUGCAUCGCCUCAUCCAGGAGCAGCUGCGCUAUGGCAACCUGACCGAGACCCGCACGCUGCUGGCCAUCCAGCAGCAGGCCCUGCGGGGUGGGGCUGGGGGCACAGGGAGCCCCCCAGCCUCCUCGGAGAUCCUGCCACCUGAGGAUAGUCAGGUGUUGCAGCAGGCCACACGACAAGAACCCCAGGGCCAGGAGCAUCAGGGUGGGGAGGCCCACCUGGCAGAGAACACCCUCUAUCGGCUUGGCCCACAGACCAGCAAGGGAGAGGAGCUGCCCACCUACGAGGAGGCCAAAGCCCAUUCACAGUACUAUGCGGCCCAGCAGGCAGGCUCCCGGCCUCCCACCAGCGAGCGAGAGCCACGUGGGGCCCUGGGAGGCAGCCGCCGGCAGGACGAGGCCCUGAAGGAGCUGCGGCACGGGCACGUGCGCUCCCUGAGUGAGCGGCUCCUGCAGCUGUCUCUGGAGAGGAAUGGUGCCAGGGCCCCGAGCCACAUGAGCUCCUCCCACAGCUUCCCCCAGCUGGCCCGAAACCAGCAGGGACCCCUACCCAGGGGCCCCCUUGCCGAGGGCCCAGAGCCCCGAGGACCCCCACCUCAGUAUCCACAAGUUGUACUAGCGCAUGAGAGCAUCGCCGCCUUCCCGGGUCCCAGGGGAUGCCAGUGGGAACCAUCUCACCACACCAGAGGCAACCCGCACUUCCAGCAUGCUGAAAUCAGGAUCCUGCAGACCCAGGUGCCCCCAGUAUUCCUGCAGCAGCAGCAGCAGCAACAGCAAUAUCAGUACAUGCAGCAGCCCCAAGAGCACCCCCCACCUCUACCCCCUGCCGCUCAUGCCCACGCCCACGGACACCUGGGCUCCCUCAAUCCACCUGAAGUGGAAGGGCCAAUGAGCAUCCAGGCCUCUUUGGCCCCCUCGGGCAGUGCCCACCUGGCCCAGCUGGAGACUGUGCUGCGGGAGAAUGCCAGGCUCCAGAGAGACAACGAGAGGCUGCAGAGAGAGCUGGGGAGCUCCGUAGAAAAGGCUGGCCGCAUGGAGAAGCUGGAAGGCGAACUCCAGCGGCUCUCGGAGGCCCACGAGAGCCUGACGAGAGCCUCCUCCAAGCGCGAGGCCCUUGAGAAGACCAUGCGGAACAAAAUGGACAGUGAGAUGCGGAGGCUGCAGGACUUCAACAGGGAUCUUAGAGAGAGAUUGGAAUCUGCAAACCGCCGCCUGACAAGCAAGACACAAGAGGCCCAGGCCGGCAGUCAGGACAUGGUGGCCAAGCUGCUUGCUCAGAGCUACGAGCAGCAGCAGGAGCAGGAGAAGCUGGAGCGGGAGACGGCCCUGCUGCGCGGGGCCAUUGAGGACCAACGGCGGCGAGCCGAGCUGCUGGAGCAGGCCCUGAGCAAUGCCCAGGGCCGGGCGGCACGAGCUGAGGAGGAGCUGCGCAAGAAGCAGGCCUACGUGGAGAAGGUGGAGCGGCUGCAGCAGGCUCUCGGGCAGUUGCAAGCCGCCUGUGAGAAGCGCGAGCAGCUGGAGCUACGUCUGCGGACGCGCCUGGAGCAGGAACUCAAGGCUCUGCGUGCGCAGCAGAGACAGGCAGGCACCCUGAGCUGUAGCAGUGGCGGGUCCCCAGAGCUCAGUGCACUGAGGCUGUCAGAGCAGCUGCGGGAGAAGGAGGAGCAGAUCCUGGCACUGGAAGCCGACAUGACCAAGUGGGAGCAGAAGUAUCUGGAGGAACGGGCCAUGAGGCAGUUUGCCAUGGACGCAGCUGCCACAGCUGCCGCCCAGCGCGACACCACCCUCAUCCGACACUCCCCCCAGCCCUCGCCCAGCAGCAGCUUCAACGAGGGCCUGCUGGUCGGCGGCCACAGGCACCAGGAAAUGGAGAGCAGGUUAAAGGUGCUCCACGCCCAGAUCCUGGAGAAGGACGCCGUGAUCAAGGUUCUUCAGCAGCGCUCCAGGAAAGACCCUGCCAAGGCCACCCAGGGCUCCCUGCGGCCCGCCAAAUCUGUGCCAUCCAUCUUUGUCGCUGCUGCGGCCGGCACCCCAGGCUGGCCAGGGCUGCCCUCCAGUGAGCAGCAAGCAGAUGUCUCUGCCCACAUGACUCUAGCUGACAAGGCCCCUGCAGGGGAGCCAGCGGGCACAGCCCUUUUCCUAACUCAUGCCAAACACGGGAGCAAAGAUGGGAGUGCCCAAACGGAUGGCCCACUGGAUAGCGCCCCGACGUGUGUGGUGCAGGAGCCCGACAGCCUUCCGGGGGGCACCCGUAGCCAGCGGACAGCCUCACCAGACUCUGUAGCCACAUCCAGAGCCCAGGACUUGUCAGACAUGGUGGAGAUACUGAUCUGAAAGAGACUCAGCUGUUUCCUGCCCUCCUCAGCAUCUGCCACCCGGCCAUUCCAGCAGCCCCUGCACCUGCUGAUUCCUGUGCUUCUCAACCAGGCACUCAUUUCCACCCAUUAUCUGGUCCCCGGAGCUCUGGCAGGAGCGCUCUGGGCAAGGGGCGCGGUGAGCACUAACAUUUUACCAGGAAGAUCCUGCUUUUUAGCCACAUACUUCCUCCUCCAGGGUCUGUGGAAAAUGAGGAUUCAGCCUUGGCCCGCUGCCCUAGGCUUGCUGUCAGAAGGUCAGAAGAGAGAGGACCCCCUCUGACCGCCCAGUUGAUACUUAAGUCAGAGGGAAGGGGGCUCUUUGUGUGGAGGGCUGACUUCCAGGCUGGCUGCCCGUGGACAUCAGGCGGGCAGGCUGGUUUAGGAAUUGAGUCAGCCCCGGUGUCUCCUUUGUGCCGUGUGUGUGCCCAGCUACCUUCACUUGUCCUCAGCUCCUCACUGCCUCCUUAGCAUCAGCAAGACGUAAAUCUCUGGGGGAACCAUUGGGGACACUGGUCUUACGGACGCCCUAGCCUGACUGCCUCGAUUGGUGUGGGUCAGGGGCCAUUUAAAUGGACUGGGCGGUGCUGUGCAGUUUGUAUAUAAUUCCUUUUGUGGAACCGAAGGUGGAAACGUGCUGAUUCCAAUUCUGGCCCCUGCGCUGCGCUUCCCUGCCCCUGCUGCCACCUUCCCUGUGACUUCUGGCUGGCCGCCCAGCCCUUUCUCCUCCUCAAGUUCUCGGCCAUGGAGUUUGAUACCGGUUGAUUCAUGGGAUGUUGGCUGUUGUCUUUUUCUCCAUCUCGAACCCCUCACUAGCCUCUUGACACGGCUCUGCAGCUCUUGUUCCUGAAACACCCUGUUGGUUUGCUCGUAAAUCCUGAGCCACAUGAAAUGAACGAGCCAACACACAGACAUCUGCCAUGCCCAUGCGUGGGCUUGGGGGGCCUCCCCCCAUCGAUACCAGUGCUCCGAGGAAACUGGAGAAGCUGGUCAGUUUCCUGAGUGACCCUGUUCCCCGCCGGAUGGAUGGGGACAGGAAGCUCUGCUGUUGAAAAUGAGAUGAAAGACAAGACUCAAAUAGUCCUCAGAACGGAGUGCCCAUCACCAAAUGGUGCCCGUGAGGCUGGCUCCUCAAGCUACCCGUACCCUGAAGCAAGGCCAGAAACCUUGGACAUGGGGUGAAGCGCCCCACUGGGCAGUCUGCCAUCAGCAGCAAACUUUGACUUCUGGUCUUAAAGGUUGGUGCCCUUCCCUGCAACUCAACCCCAGGAGUGACUGGUGGAUUUCAGCAGUUUGUCUUGACUCUGUGACUCUUGUUUUAUUGGUGUUUGUGUUUUGUUUUGUUUUUUUCCUUUACUGUUUUUAGGUUUUAUGUAUGUGUUAUUUUAUUCCUACAGUUCCUCAAGUUUUCUUUUUAAACAUUGGCAUUUGCUGGACAAUUGCAUAUUUUUUUAAUCUUCCUCACCCCACCGUAAGCCGAACAGUACAUUUGGUUCAUGUGCGUUGUUUACAAAGCAAAAAGAAAAGGGAGGUGGGGUGGGAGGCAAAAACUAUUGUGAAGGGGGGAAAAAACACACAGCGACUUAAUAUAUUUUGGAUUGAUAUUUGGUAUUUCUUUUAAAGUAUUUUGUGUGUGUGUGCUGUGAACGGUUUCUGCCAAAGACCAUGGUGUGUGUCUGUAUAUUUAAGUUAUCGUAAAUAUUUAAAAUGGGAACCCGGCUGUUUUGUUACGCCACCCUGUGCCAGGAUUGCUGCUGCAUUCCCCUGGGCACAACAGUAUUUUAAUUAAAAAAUGAUGAUCACUGAAA